UUCAGUGCGGAAACUGAGUUGAGUUUUGGAGACGGCUUUCACCUCACUUUGCCGGAAAUUUCAGAUUCGCAUCGAGUUUCCCCCCUUUCAGAAAUUUGUAGCGUUACACCGAGAAAGCACGCUCGGGGGAACUCGGAGCCAUGCGGCCCGCUCUGGCGCUUCGGCCGUCGAGUGUUUCGCGUUCGUUAGGCCCGCGUCGCGUCGCCAGCUUCCACCAAUGCGCAUCUCAAUGGUCCAGCCGGUCGGUCGCCGAACUCCUCCAGUGGAGGCCGACCGAGAAAGUCGAUGAUGUAACCGUCAACGGGUUCGUCCGAUCUGUCCGGUCCAUGAAGACGCAUCGUUUUGUCUCGCUCGGCGACGGAUCUUCGCUUGCACCGCUUCAAGCGCUCGUCCAGGCGGACGAUGCAAAGGACUUGGCCGUUGGCGCGGCCGUCCGUCUCACCGGCUCCUGGGUGUCCUCACCCGGAGUUGCUCAGAGCCAUGAGUUGCAUGUAAGCCGGGUCGAGGUCUUGGGGCCGUCCGACGCAAAGACAUUUCCCAUUCAGAAGAAAUACCACACCCCCGAAUAUCUCCGUACCGUUCCGCACUUGCGGCCGAGAACUCCAGUCAACAGCGUCCUGUUGAGAUUGCGCUCGGAGGUUAUCGCAUCCUUGACUCAAUUCUUUGCAGCGCGAUCUUUUACCCAAACUCAUCCGCCCAUCAUUACGUCGUCGGAUUGUGAAGGCGCCGGUGAGGUCUUCACGGUGAUGCCAGCCAGCGACGCUCCGGCGACCGGCAGCAAUAAGGACAACUCCCAAGCGUUUUUCUUCCGCUCCAAGAAGUAUCUCACCGUCUCCACGCAACUCCAUCUGGAAGCCCUUGCUCAGGCGGUGGGCAAUGUUUGGACUCUGUCACCCGUCUUCCGCGCCGAGAAGAGCGACACCUCCAGGCAUCUUAGCGAGUUUUACAUGCUCGAGGCCGAGAUGAGCUUUGUGGAUGACCUUGGCCCGGUCAUGGAUCUAGCCGAGGAUAUGCUACGCUCCCUGAGCAGCAGUCUUAUCGAGUCGUCCACGGUCCGGGAUCUUCUCUUCCGAUCUCGCAACAGCGGCUCGGAUCUGGCACCCGCCGACGAGGUUAGGCGCCGCUGGGAAGGCCUAACACGUCAAGACUGGCCUCGAAUCACCUACUCAGAUGCUGUCGCACUGUUACAGCAGAAGUCCGAUCUCUUUGAACACAAGCCGACUUGGGGCGCCGGGCUGCAGUCUGAGCACGAGAAGUUCCUUGCUGAGUACGUUGGGGGCGGUGAGAAGCCGGUCUUCGUCACGAACUAUCCCCGAGACAUCAAGGCAUUUUACAUGCGCGAAACCCAACCGGCAUCUCCUCAAGUGCCCGGACCAACCGUCGAUUGCUUUGAUCUGCUGGUACCCGAGUUCUGUGAGAUUGCCGGCGGGUCAAUGCGCGAGCACCGUCUGGAUCCUCUUUUGGAUGCGAUGAAGCGGCAUGGGAUUCUUAAACCACCACUAGAAGGGGCCUCUGACGGAUCCUCCUCGAGCGGUCUAGACUGGUACGUUGACCUCCGCCGUUGGGGCUCCCCGCCACAUGGCGGGUUCGGCGUGGGCUUCGACCGGCUCCUCAGCUACCUAUCCGGUGUCCAAACAAUCCGAGAUAUCGUCGCGUUCCCACGCUGGCAUGGGCGAUGCGACUGUUGAACACAAGAAAGCGCAGCAUCUCAACGAUUCUCAAGGCUCUCUCGUGCUCCCCUGUUUCUGCCGUGCCCACUACUCCUUAGCCACUAUAGAAC